AACAUCAUCCCUGGUGUUGAUCCUUCCAGAACCUUUACUUGUGUACUCGAAGGUGUGAAUCACUGCUUUCUAAGCAGCUGUACAGUCUGUCUUUUACUUUAACUGUAAAAGAUGGCAGAAGAAGAAGCUGGUAUUUUCGUCAACCAGGAGCAGUUCAGCUGUCCCAUCUGUAUGGACCUUCUGCGGGACCCCGUGACCAUUCCUUGCGGACACAACUACUGUAUGGAGUGCAUUAAGAGCUUCUGGGAGCAGAAGAACCAGAAGAAGUUGUGCAGCUGUCCAGAGUGCAGACAGACCUUCUCCCCGAGACCCGCGCUCAACAAAAACACACUGUUUGCUGAAGUUGUUGAGAAACUGAGACAGACCGGAGUGCGUUCACAGGCGAUACCUGGAGAUCAAAAUGAUGAAGUCAUAGCAAAAGAAAAGCAGGACCUGGUCAUGUUCUGUCAGCAAGAGCUUAAGCAGUCACAGAGGAGAUGCCAGCAGGUCAUAAAGGAGCGUGAGACAGAGCUACAGGAUCUGAGUCAUGCCAUACUCUCUCUCAGGAGCUCUGCCCAGGCAGCAGUGGAGGAUACGGAGAAAAUCUUCAGUGAGCUGAUUCAGUCCAUUGAGGCUCUGUGUUUUGAGGUGACAGAGAUUAUCAAAACAAAGGAGCAGGUGGAAUUAGACGAAGCACAUGGAUUUAUGGAGAAACUCGAGCAGGAGAUCGCAGAGUUCAAAAGGAGAGACGCUGAAUAUGACACGCUUGCACGCCUUGAUGAUAAAACUCAGUUCCUGAAGAGUUAUGAAACACUGUGUAGUCAGCCGGAAUUGGUGACCUCUCCCGCAGUUCUAGUCAAUCCAGACUUCUGUUUUGAGACGGUGUCAAGAAAACUUACAUGUCUGAGUGAGGACAUUAAAGAUCUAUGCCAGAAGAAAUUGGAGAAAUUAUCAAAUAAAGUGACACACCUGAAGUUCAUUCCUACCCCUGAACCUAAAAUCAGAGAGCAGUUUUUGGAAUAUUCAGGUCCCCUGACUCUCGACCAGAACACAGCUCACAGAAAUCUAAGCAUUUCCUCAGAGACUGGCGAGGUGACGUGCAGCAAAACCUCUCUGUCCGUUCCUGACCACCCAGAGAGGUUUGACAGCUAUUACCAGGUACUGUGCAGGGAGAGCGUGUCCGGCCGCUGCUACUUUGAGGCAGAAUGGAAUGGGAAGGGUCCCGUGCACAUCACAGUGUCCUACGAGGAUAUCAGCAGGAAAGGAAAGAGCACCAUGUGUGCAUUUGGACACAACGCCCAGUCCUGGAGUCUGGUGUGCUCUGAGGAUACAUAUGCAUUCUUGCACAAUGGACGGGAGACUAAGAUUCCCAAAAUGCAAUGGGCCCGCAGGAUCGGUGUUUAUGUCGAUUUCUCGGCAGGGAUUUUGGCAUUCUACAACAUCACAGAGUCAAUGAAUCUCAUCCACAGAAUUCGGACUGCAUUCACUGAACCACUCUAUCCUGGAUUCAGAAUUAACAUCGGGUCCAGUAUGAGACUUUGUUAUCCACUUUAAUGGCACAAAAUGAAGUUUAUUUAGUGCCUGAGCAGUUGCAAUGACAUUGAAGAACCACAUUUAUUUUAAGAGCAUAACCUCUAUACUUAAAUGCUGGAUAAAUAGGGUUGCCAGGUUUUCUCAACAAAACCUGCCAAAAUGCUACUCAAAACUAGCCUAAUCGCUUUUCAGAGGGGGUCAUUCUGUAAAAAACACAUUCCGGGGGUAAAAUACACAUUUUUUGGUUGAUCCCUGAUCAAAUCUGCAUUCCAGGGGCUAAAUAUCACAUUAUUGGGGUCGCUUCAACCCACAGACGUGAAACACAACCCGUGGCAACAGUGUUAAAGUAACCACAAAAAGUGAACCUAUAUUUACUGAAAUUUAGUGCUUUUGUAGUUGUUUCUAAAUAUAUAUUAUUUUAGUGCUUUUGUAGUGUUUGUAUACUUGAGUUUAGAUGUAUGAGAUUUUGUUAUCCUCUUUAAUGGCAUAAAAUGAAGUUUAUUUAGUGCUUGAGCAGUUGCAAUGACAUUGAAGAACCAUUUUUGGUUCCCCAAACAAUCUUUAAGUGAACAGAUCUUAAAAGAACAAUUUUUCCAAAUCUAAAGAACCCUGCUCAGUGGAAAGGUUCCAUGGAUGUUAAAGGUUCUUCAUGCAACCUUUGGAAUAAAGAACCUUUACUUUGAGAGUGUAACCUAUAGUCUCACUGGUGCUCAUAAAUAUAGUGGAUAAACAGGGAUGCGAGGUUUUCAUAACAAACCCCGCCCAGUUGCUACUUAAAAACAGGGGUUUAAAAAAACACGUUAUGGGGGGUAAAAUACAAUUUUUUAGGCUGGGUUCCUGUGGUAAACUUCUUUUUCCAGAGGCUAAAUAUCACGUUAUUGGGGUCACUUUAAACUACGGACAUGAAAAAAAACCUGCGGCAACAGUGUAGCCCAAUUUCAUGGGAAAACCACAGACUUGGCAACACUACAGAUAAAUAUCAUUUUUAGUCACAAACUAAAAUAAGUGAACCUGUAUUUACAAAAUUAUUUAGUUUUAGUGUUUUUGUAGUUGUUUGUAAACAUAAAUUAUUUUUUCUGCCUUUGUGGUCGUUAUAUUUAUUGCUAUAUUUGAAUUUAGAUGUAUGAGACUCUGUUAUCCACUUUAAUGGCAUUAAAUGAAGUUUAUUUAGUGCCUGAGCAGUUGUUAGAAACUUAAGAAAUAUGAGAGGCCAAGUAACACAGUGUUUAUCAUCAUUAUUAUUUAUCAGCUAACAAUAUAAAAUGCUUCUAAAACAUUUAUCAAUCUAAGUUAAUGUUCAUUUUAUAGUUUACUGUUUUAUUGUUCAAAUCAAAAGUUUAAAAAAAUUGGUGGCUAAUUUCUAUUCGUACAUUUUCAUACGAUCUGGAUAGGGGUGGACCUUCAAUGUUAUUUAUUUAGUUUUUAUUUUUUGCUUUUAAAUUGCAUUGCGUUGUUUUUGUACAAAUCAUUUUGUAUAGAUUUAUACUAAAUCACUGUUACGUUUUUACUGUAAAUGUUAGAUUUUGCUGGGUGUGCUAACUAUAAAAAUGUUUUCUGAAACCUGGUAUAGAUAAAAAGCCAUAAUCAAUGUUUUUUUUAAACUCUAACUUUUGUUUUUUUUUUUAUCUCUGUUAAAGUGUUUUUGUAUUCAUCACCAUUAUCACUCUUAAAAAAUAAAGGUUCCAAAAGGGGGGGGUUUUCGCACCAAUGCUCUUGAAGAAGCAUUAUUGGUUCCCCAAUCAACCUUUCAGUGAACAGUUUUUCCAGUUUUCCAAAUCUAAAGAACCUUGUUUAGAGAAGGUUCCAUGGAUGUUAAAGGUUCUUCAUGGAACCAUCAAUGCUAAAAACAGAACCUUUAUUUAUAAGAGCGUAACCAAUAGCCUCUGAUGCUCAUAAAUAUGUUGGAUAAAUAUCAGUUUCAUUCACAAACUGAUGAAUUUACCAUGUGAGUUUAUCUGUAUUAUAAAAUAAUUGAACCUAUAUUUACAGAAUGUGCUUUUGUACUUGUUGUAAAUAUAUAUUGUUGUAAUGCUUUUGUAGUUGUUUGUAAAUAUAUAUUUGAAUUUA